UUUUUGAUGAUUGUAUAUUUAAUGGCAAACGAUGUCUACUGUUAGCAUCUUUAUCGCUGUCCGGUGACAUUUACAUCAAUGCAUUUGACAGACGCUUUUAUCAAAAGCCACUUGUUGAGCACUGAGGUUUACACAUGUCUUUUAUCAGUAUGUGUGUAGGUUAUAGCGAUGCGUUUGUCUUGAGUAUCUUCACUUCAGAAAACUGUGUGAUUGGUUUGUAAACAUAUGAUAACUUGGGACAUGAACGGAUGCCAGAACCAUGUUGUCUACUGCAACACGCCCCUAGCCAUGACACACACAGAAGUUCUCCAGAGUGGCCAAUUUCCACAAAAAUAUAAAGAUUAAUGUGCACUUAAUACACAACCUUUACAAUAAAAGUUUAAUUAGUUAACUACAUUUGUCAAAUUAAAUAUUAAUAAGCAAUUUCUUAAAUUAGUAAAAUUUUAAUAUUUAAUGUUAAAAGUUGCACACGUCAACACUUCUAUCCCGACAGUAUAAACUGCCAAAACCUAUUGCGGUGGAGUGUGAGUGAGGCAUUUUGAGAUCAGUCGCGACUUGCGUUUUUUUGGGGUUAUUUGAAAAGUAUUUGUUGCUUGUUAGGAAUAUUUGACAAGCAACUUCGUUUCUUUAAAUUUAUGGUCACCAUUUUACUCGGAUGCAUCGAUGACAUUUUCAGAUUAAAGCUAAUUGCCAAUCAAUGAAGUAAUAUAAAUUCUGUAACGUAUUUCGUCAAAACAUUCAGCCCCCUCCUCCCCCCCUCCCCUCAUUGGAGAAAAAACAAAUUCAAAGUGCAGGUUGUAAUCCAAGCGAUGACAUUUAGAUGGACAUAAAAUCAAAUUCUUUCCUGUAGCUCAGUGGUAAGAGGAUUGUGUUAACAAGGCAAGGUUGUGGGUUCGAUCCCAGGGGAUUGCAAAUGCCUAUGUAAAAUGUAUAGGAUAAAGCAAUGUUUGUUUUUGGCUUGUUUUUUUGGGCUGAGGCUGCUUAUUUGUCUCGCGAGAGUUGGCAAAUGUGAAGUGAAGUGGCAAAAUCAGCUGCAAUCAUCCAGCGCCUCUCCAUCUCGAUUUGUAACCAACUUCCCAACAAUCCCGCGGAGACCAGAAUGUUAUUAUUACGUAUUUGUGUGGUGCUCUCAGAGUUUAUUUUAAAAGGCAAGAAAGUCUUUUGGUGACGAUAUGAUGCAGUUUAACUUCUUUAAGCGCUGUUCGGUCCGCUGAAACUGCGUCGAUCAGGACGUUUACUCAAUUCUCUAUGUUAACAGUCGGCAAAGCAGGGCGAGUGAUGUGUCAUUUACAUUUAGUCAUUUAGCAGACGCUUUUAUCCAAAGUGACUUACAGGUGGGGUAAACAAUGGAAGCAAUUGGGACAGCAUAAGUACAACAAAAGCAUAAGUGCACUCAAAAAGAAGACUGGCGAGAAAGGAUGAGAGCUGGUUACAUACAACACGUUCUAGAGUUUUAGCAGCGAAGGGGAGGAGGGAUACCGGUCUGUAGUUUUCUAACAGUGCAGGAUUAAGAGUAGGUUUUUUAGUAGUGGGGUAAUACGGGCCUCUUUGAAGAGUGUAGGAAAUGUACCAGUGGUGAGAGACGAGUUGAUAAUGUGGGUCAGAGAGGGAACAACCGAUGGGGAUGGGAUCUAGGGGGCAGGUAGUCGGGUUGGUAGAAGAAAUGACCUUGGAAACGUCCUCUUCAGAUAGGAGAGAGAACGAAGGGAGCAAGCAUGUGUAUGGGGAUUGGGCGUGGUCAAGAGACUGUGGUGCAGAGAACUGAUUGCUGAUGGUGGUCGUUUUCUUUACAAAGAACGACGCAAAAUCGUCAGCUGUUAAGUCCGAUGGAGGUGAGGGGGUAAAGAGGGUUUUAAAGAGAGUACGAGGGUCAGGAGAGUUGUUGAUUUUAGCGUGGUAGUACUGGGUUUUCGCAGAGGAGACAUCCGCAGAGAAGAAAGAGAGAAUAGACUGAUAACCUGUGGUCAGGACGAACAUUAGCGCUGUUCUUAUUUAUUGUGUUUUGUUUAAAAGUCAUGUUCAUCCACUCUCUCGCCCUAUCGCACAAACACAUGUCAUUUAAUAUUCGUACAGUAACUCCUGACAAAUUCACUCCUACAAUAAAUAAACAGGGAUUUUGUGAAGCUUUCACACAACAGUCCUGCCGCAUCAAUCCGUUUAAUGCGAGAACAUGCUAAGUCAUAAAGCUGUUCGGUUUAGCGUUGCACUGCAUGAGUCAGGUUUUAAAACGCAGGCUUUAAGGCCUGUGUGUGAUGCACCCUCCCUGCUUCAUCAGCAUGUGAAGAAAUACCGGUGGGAGGGAAAGCCUCUGACAGGGAGACACGAGGGCGGGGCGAAUGACGCAGACACUGAGGACAUGGCGAGCUGUCAAAACAACGAGCACAUGUGCUCGACAAAACCCCGCCCCCCCCGUGUCAGAUAAAACCCCGACAAGAACGGGAUCAUGACAGAUAUCUUAUGGAAAGAUUAAAUGUUGGUUAAUGUUACCCAACAAGGUAAACCCUCAAUCCAUAUAAAAAUGACUAAAGAAUGAUUUGUUACAUAUUUUAAAAUCAGUUAUAUAAUCAACGUACGACAACAAAGUCUAAAAAAAAUUUGCUUUCAAAAAUUUUGCAUCAAUAUUUUUGAGAUGUGACAACUGCUAACCUAGAUGAAAUGUAUUUUUAAGUAACACCAACUUUAAAAUUGUUGCUCAUUAUUGAAAUUAUUAAGUUUUUGCAACCUUUAUUCAAUACUGAUUUAAAGACACUGGUUCCAAAUACACUUUUUCGUUUUAUAUUUAAAUUUACAGAAUGAUCAAUUAUAACUAAAAUCAAGUGCUGAUUGUGCCUAGAGCAUCUUCAAUGAGAUACCGUUUGAGUAAAACAGAGUUUGAAGGAUUGUAUUAUAUGAGCCUAACCAUAUCCUAAGCUAAUGCUCUAUCCUUCAGGACAAUGGUAACCUCUUAAAACAUAACCAAAACUCUUUUAUAUGCCAAGAGAACAAAAUGUUAAACAAAUUUAUGUCUAAUGCUGUUCACAUCUUGAUUAAAAUCCAUAAAAUAACUAUUUUUCUAAAUUCUCAUUAUCCAGUACCAUGCAAAGCAUGAUGGGAAAUGGAGAUGCUCAGCAAUGCUUUACUUUGAUACAACAAGCAUCAGUCAUGUACCCUCAACUGUAAUAGAUUAAGUUAAAUUAUUGAACUUGAACAAAUAUAUUUUAUGCUUUUCAAACGCUGCACACCUAAAGUUUGAACUUGUUUAUGUAUAUAACAUGGUUUGGGAGGAGUCUUGAAAUCCGGAACUCAAUCGGUUUUGAAAAAUUUAGUUAUCUAGCCAAAUGCUUUGAGUUACUGCAACUUAAAUAUUGUUGUGAACACAUAAACACAGAUUUAUAGGUUAAAAUUACACACAAUAUUAAGAGAGAGAGAGAUACUUCUAACGCUCAAAACCACUCCAAUGCAUCCCUUCCUCUUCUUUGCGACGCAAGAGUGUGAGCGAAUGAGAAUUUUCACAGAGAUUUUUUGUGAUUUUGAAACCUUGACUCUUUAAAACCUGGUUAUACCUCGAAACAAUUAAUCGGCCCAUGCCUAGUGUCGAUGAUUUGAUAAGUGCAGUGCUUCAAAACAUUUCCAUUUAGAAGUGUUGCUGUUGUGUAAACUCCUUAAAGUGUUUGAUGGGGGUUUUUUUUGUAACACGAGCCUUCCUGAAUGAGUCAACGUGCCAAAUAAAUGUAUUGUAAUCAAUCAAACUCAACUCAGUAUUCUUAUUCACACCGCACCCAGUUUUGUGUCUGUCAGAAGUCCACUUUCUAUCUUUACCUCAGGGCUUCAGCUGACAAUGUUUAACUUAACAGUGCAAGAAUACAGUCGUUGCCAAAAUCAAAAACCUGGCUAAAAACAUGAAAAUAUAUACAUAACUUGUAUUACUUUAAGUAUACUAUUAAAGUAAUUAUUUUAUGUUCUAUAAAGAGUCAAGCCUUCUCUAUUUAUUGGGAAUUUGCUUCUGUGUUCUCUUAGUGAGCUAACUUUUUUAAAGGAUGGAAAAGGAAGUAGAAGUCUGUACUAUUGGACCAGGUAGUGAUGGAAUAAAAGUGUUGCUAGACGAUUCUUAAAGAAAUGUCUAGACUCCAUUAUUAGGGGUUUAGUAAAAUAGAAACACAUGGUUCAUUCUCUGAGAAUUAAUAUUUUAUGUUUCGACUGAUAAUGUCACACCCAACGCCGGAAUUGGCCAUUUCCAUACCACACAAACAGGCUUCAUGUUAACACUUUCAAUGAAUUUCCGAUGGCAUAUUAAACAUCCUCAACUUUAUAAGGAAGUAGAAUAUCUGUAACUUCUUAAAGCCGGGGUGUACGAUUUCUGAAUUACUCUUGUUUAGACAAAGUCGGGCCGAGUAUCAAAACAACCUUGUAGCCAAUCAGCUGUAAGGUGCACAGUGCACAGGAUGGACAUAAGUCAAGCCGAGCGCAGACGGAAGUGAAAGACAGGAGAAGAUGUACAAAAAAUACCAUCCACACUAUAUGAUACUAAAACACUAAAGGAUAGUAAUACAAGUGUUGGAUUCAGGUAUGGCAGAAUAAUGUUAUUUUAUGGGAAGAUUAAGGAUUGGUGUAUGUUGUUUAAAAAAGUUAACCCUAUAAUUCAUCAUUAAACAAAUAAUCAAAGUUGAUCACUGAUACAUAUCCUUAAAGCAAGGUCACUAAUGCGACUUACCAUGACUAAACCAGUCAAUCCUUCCAAAGCACAUGUAAGUAAAUGACAAAUAAAAUAAAUGUUUGGUAGCCUACUACGAAUCUAAAUAAAAAAUGUAUGACAAGAUAUUUCAGCCUCCGUUUGUACAUCUGCAAAUGAAUCAUGUUUUAAAAAGAAACUAAGAAAUUUCUGUUAAAAACUCAAUUAAGGCAUUUUCCUGUAGACAUUCAUUUACAUUUAUGCAUUUGGAAGAAGCUUUUAUCCAAAGCGACUUACAUUGCAUAAGAGUUUGCAUUUUGCACUCCGUGCAAUCCCCUGGGAUCAAACCCAUGACCUUGACAUUGCUAGAGCCAUGCGCUUACCACUGAGUCUGUUUGUGUCUGCAGGUGUGUUUGGAGAUACAGUGUCAGUGAAUGAUGGAUGGUCUGUCACUCUACACACUGGUCUUACUGACAUACAGAGAGUUGAACUGAUAGUGUGGUGGUUUAAUGGCCAUCGCAUCGCUAAAAUCAACAGAGCAGUCAAUAGUGAUCCGGCUUAUGACCUUGAUGAGAGAUUCACUGACAGAUUUAGGAUGAACCCUUAGACUGGAGAUCUCACCAUCAUAAACAUCACAUCUGAACUCACUGGACUUUAUCAACUAGAGAUCAUCAGCGAAAUGACAGAAACACAGUCGUUCAGUGUCAGAGUGCUUGAGGAACAUGAAACAGAGUUCAGGGUGUUAACCUCGCUAUCAAAAUUGUGCCCAGACCAGAAUCCAUGGCAGCUCCUCUUCACAACCUCAGGACUUGAAAGAACUGGUGCAGUUUUGUUGAAUACAUUUACAUUUCUGUAUGCGUUUUGUAUAUAAAUAUUCAAUAAAUGAAUUGCUCAUACCAUGUCUUUAGGUGUUAUUUGAAGCAACACGAACAUGACGAUAAUAAUAUUUUCUGAAAUGGAAAAACCUUUUAUGUCUGCCCUCAUAACACAGUUAACAUAUGAUAACUUGGGACAUGAACGGAUGCCAGAACCAUGUUGUCUGCUGCUACACUCCUGACCACGACACACAGAAGUUCUCCACAGUGGCCAAUUAAAACAACAAUAUACAAAUUAAUAUGCACUUAUACACAACCUUUAUGAUAAAAGUUAAAUUAGUUAACUACCUUUGUCAAAUUAAAUGUAAGCAAUUUCCUGAAAUACAGCAUUUGAUAUCUUGGUAAAACAUAUUUAAAUAUUUAAUGUAAAAGUUGUGCAUGUCAUCUCUUCAUACAGUAAGAGCUAGCAAAAACUAUUGUGUUGGUAUGCAUUAUUAACAUUAGGCUAUACAAGAUGGUAUUCGCAGGUGCCCUUGCGAAAAGGGUGUAAUUCAACUUGCUUUAAACUAGAGAAGAGGGGGGGGAGCUCCGAGGUUGCAAUUGAAAAAAAGCAACUGAAAGGUAAUGACGGCAACGGCAAAUGCCAGUGUGGUCGUUGCAACAGCAAAAGGUUCCUUUUUUAAUCUUAAAAGGCACGUGUCGAGGAAACAUGAUACAGUGUUUCGCUCGCAUAUGGAAAGAAAAUCUGAAAGUUGGUAAUACUGUCACAUAGCGUUGUGUGUCAACAGUAAAUGCUUAAGACUCUAACUCAAUACAUUGAAAAUAUUUCUAAUAUAGGCCUAUAAUCACUGUACUGUCUCUCGUCGCACUAUCUCUGUCGCUCGCAGCGUAUAAAUAUCAUAGAUGUUAUCACGAAAGUGACUCUGGUCCGAUCGUCCAUGAUAAGAAAACAGCGAAACAUAACCUACCGAAACAACGACUACGCAAAACCAAAUUUCUAUUGAACCUUAAUUGUAAUAAACACUAGCACCUGUUAAAACAACAAGUGCUUAUUCUGGGGAUAAAGCAAGCAAUUACGCAUUCAAUAAUAAAUCCAUGCACACCGAUGUAAAACUGCUUCUUGUCUUUAUUGUGUAUGGGAUUCCUAUUGUGCUGCACCAACACACAACUUGUUUAGAUUAGAUUAGAUUAGAUUCAACUUUAUUGUCAUUACACAUAUACAAGUACAGUGUAACGAAAUGUAGUUUAUGUCUAACUAGAAGUGCAAUUAGCAAGUGCAGAUAUACAGUGUGAAUAAAUACAGAUACAAUAUUAGGAAAAUACUAUACAAUGGGCAUGUACUGUGAAAAUACUUUACAGAAGGAAUGUACUAUGACAAUAUAUACAGAAGGCUAUAUACUGUGAACAUUAAUGUACAGGAGGUUAUGAACAGGAGGUUAUGUUUACUAUGUGCUCUCCAGACAAAACACGCUGAACAGAAGUGGAUGACUCAUCACACAUACGGUAUGUAUGUGUGAUGAGUCAUGACGGGUGUAAAUGUCCGAUGACAUAUUGUAAUGCUUAUUGAUAUGAUUUGUAAAGUUCAUUGAGGUUUUUUGAAACAUGGUUAAAAUACAAUGUUUAGAGAAAAUUGUUGAUUAUAAAUUGUUUAUAUUGUGUUUAAAAAUGAAAAGCUUUUCUGUAUGUAAUGUUCCUUUAACAAUGCGUAAUGCGUCACAUGACUAAGAGAGGGAGUGAAGAACUGUGGGUCAGAGAGCAAUGGAUGCGAACAGGUCGUAACACGUGCGGCUCCUUCAAAAUGUAUAAUCUCUGCAUAUGGUCCUAAAGGCGCACACGGUAUUUGUUUAUAUUUGUUGCAUGUUAUAAUUUUUAUGUUUGAGUUUAUGUGCUUUAAUGUGUGUAAUGUAACGUGGUCUGUAUUGUAACAAUGAGGCAAGUUGGACUAUUUGUUAUGGGAUUCUGUUGUAAAAGAGGUGUGUUUAAGUUGUAUAUGUCUUUUAUUUGUAGUUUUCACGGUGUCUUUCUUAGACCGUGACAUCUUCGGAUCGACACAGGAAAGAGAGAGCAAAAUAAAAGUCUAAAAGACAUCUGUAUGAUUCGUGGCCGUGAUUUAUUGGAUCAGUGCAGUUACAGUGAAAACGUACCGUCGAAGUCGACGAGAGUACAGAGUAAAGAAAGACGCCAUAAGAGAAAAGACGAUAUCGCUGGUGUAGGCGGAGCUUCGGUUUGCUGAUCGACAGAUGACCGGGAGUGUUGGUUUCUGGCAUCUUUAGAGAUAUCGCGUCUUACCAGGAGAGGGCGUGAAUUACCUGUGUUGACAACAUCGCCGCAAAUCUUCGGCAAAGACUUCAGAGUCCAGCGUUACUGUGUGACGUUACUCAAUACCGGAAGAAGAGUGCGACCAUACAAACAUCAGGUUUGACUGUUAACUUUAAAAUUUCUGGACAUUUAAAAGGACUUUGAUAAAAGGGAAACGUUUCAUUUAAAUAUAAUUGUGUUUAUUUGAUUAUCAUUACAUUUACACUUUCUAUUAUUAUCAACAUCGUACAAUUCAACUGUUGUUCAUGUUCUUGCUCUGUUAUAUGAUCUGAGUUCUUAAAUGGUAUUUUAAGUGUUACUGGGAUUUUUCAGUUAAACACUGUCUUGGUCUCAAAGAGUAUAUAAAGUAGAGCUAAAAAAUAAUUAAACAAGAAGAAGAUAAAGUGCCAGGCACAAUGUCAAAUAAUGAAAGGUUGUUGCAAGGUGAGCAAAUGGAGACCAGUCAGACAGAGUUAGAAACAAUACAAGAAGUAGAGAAAGGUUCUACUUCUGCCCCUUCUAAAAAAGAACCAAGAAAGUCUUCAAGGGAAAGAAAACUAACUGAAAAAAUGCUGGAGCUUAAGCAGCAAGAAAUUUCUCAAAAGGAGAUUAAGUGGAUCAAGCUUUAUGAAAGUUGGAAAGAUCAAGCGAAAGAUACACGUGUCAAAAUAAAGGAUGAGUGUUCUGAGGAAGACUUAAGUAAAAUGAUGGAUGCCGUAGAAGGACUGGAGACACAAGUAAAAGAAAUGUAUGAAACCAUUCGUUCUCAAACAGCACCUUCUACCGAAAUUAGAAGGAAGAUGGAUUCCUGUACAGCAGUAACAGCAGACCUAAUGAGGCUACUGAAAGUACGUAUGUGUGAAGUCGGGUUAGAGGAAUUUGAUGCUACAGGAGAAAAUGCAAGAAUUCACAUGGUGCUGGAUAAAGAGUACGCCAACUCAAUAUUUGGAAGUACAAAAUCAAAACACACUGUCCAAAGUAGCCAUUCAAAAUGUUCGUCCGAAAACCUAAGCAUCGCAGCAAAAAGAGCAGAAUGUGCAGCACAACUCGCAGCAAAACAGGCUGAAAUUAAGAUGGAAGAAGCUAUAGCUGCACAAAAACAGGAGCUAAAGAGACUGGAAAACCAAAGAGAUCUACAAGUAAUAGCCGCAAAGCUUAAAGCAUACUCUGAAGCUGAUUCUAGUGACGAAAGUAGAACCACAGGUAGUGAAGUGGCCAAUAGUCCCAUUUAUUCUCCUAAAGAAAUGAAAAAGGAACAGACAUUCAUUAACAUUGACAAAGUGCAACCAAAUCAAUCUAACGAUGAUGGAUCAUUAGCACAAGCCUUGCAUGACGCAAUGGUUCUUACCAGACUACCAGCACCCGAACCCUCAGUCUUUACAGGCGAUCCACUUACAUUCUUAGAGUGGAGUUCAAGUUUUAAAGCUUUGAUUGAAAGACGAUGCACAAAUCCAGUUGAUAGGUUAUUCUAUCUAAAGAAAUACAUCAGUGGUGAAGCAAAAUGUGUACUGGAGGGAAGCUUUUUCCGAAAGGAUGAUAAAGCCUAUGAACAGGCAUGGGAGCUAUUGAACUCUAGAUAUGGUCAUCCCUUUGUAAUACAGCGGGCAUUUAGAGAAAAACUAAAUAACUGGCCCAAGAUUAGUUCUAGGGAGUCAGUUAAAUUGAGACAAUUUAGUGAUUUCCUGAUAUCCUGCAACAAUGCUAUGCCACACAUCAAAGGACUUCAGGUGUUAAAUGACUGUGAAGAGAAUCAGAGAAUGGUACAAAAACUCCCUGAUUGGGUAACCUCUCAAUGGAACCGUUAUGUCACAAAGCACUUAAGAGAAACGGAGGAAUACCCUAAGUUCAAUGAGUUUGCUGAAUUUGUGGCCCGUGAGGCAGAAGUGGCAUGCAACCCUGUAACUUCCUUUAAUGCCUUGAAGUCAACAGAAGAAAGGCCCAUCAGAGACGUAAAGCGCCAAAGGGCCAACGCGUUUAUAACAAAUGUAAAGGCACCUGAUAAGUUCUGUACAGUGAUGAGGUCGAACAGUGCCGGUGAAAAUCAACCAAAGGAAUCAAAUAAAGUAAAUGUCACAUCGCCAUUUUCAGAGCCAGUUCCAUGCCUGUGUUGUGGAGACAGCCACUCCAUCCACAAAUGUCAGACGUUUGCCAAUAAGCCAGUGGAAGAGAAGAAAAGGCUUAUAUUUGAUAACAAUCUCUGCUUUGGGUGUCUUAGACGAGGACAUAAUUCGAGAGAGUGUAGAAGCAAGGCAAUUUGUAGCAUUUGUAAGAAACGUCAUCCAACCCCACUUCAUGAAGAACGCUCUUCUGCUGCAGCAGACACAUCCUCUCAUGCUAUCGAAACAGAAGAAACAACUUCUUCCCUUUCUUGCUCUGUUGACAGAGGUUGUGGUGGGAGUACAUCCAUGAUAGUUCCUGUGUGGAUUUCUUCAUCUACAAAUCCAGAAAAACAGAUCCUGGUGUAUGCCUUACUGGAUACCCAAAGCAGCAACACCUUUGUAGACAAAGAAGUAUGUGAAGAGAUAGGUGCGAGUCUAGAGCCAGUUAAGUUAAAGCUUACCACAAUGAUGGGAAAAGAUUCCAUUAUUCAGAGUGAGAGAGUCAAUGGGCUUCGAGUUAAAGGGCUUCUCUCUCAAAGUCUUGUCAACUUGCCACCCGCCUAUACCAGAGAUUUCAUUCCUCUUGAACGUUCCCACAUACCUACCUCUCAGACUGCAAAAAGGUGGAAUCAUCUAAACAGUAUAGUGCAGGAAAUGCCAAAGCUGAUGGAUUGCAAAGUCGGACUGUUGAUAGGUUACGACUGCUCAAGAGCGCUGGCACCACGACAAGUCAUCACAGGAGGUGAAGAUGAGCCCUAUGCCAUUAAGACAGAUUUAGGUUGGAGUAUUGUCGGUAGCUCACCAAAGGUUGCAAAGUCUACAGAAGUAAUAGGUCUGUGCCAUCGCGUACACGUCAAGGAAGUUCCACCAUUGACACCAGCCACCAUCAUCAGAGCUCUUGAAUCAGACUUCAAGGAUACCAACCCUGGAGAAAGGAGCAUGUCACAAGAUGACAUACAAUUCAUGCAACUAUUAAAUGAGAAAACAAACUACAAUGCGGAUGGUCACUUGGAAAUGCCCCUACCCUUUAGGACACGCCCACACCUGCCAGAAAAUAAGCGGUUGGCUUUGGCACGGCUGAAGCGGUUAAAAGGGAAGCUUGAGAAAAAUCCAAAGUUCAAGGAAGACUAUGUCAAAUUCAUGGGAGGUGUUUUCAAGGAUGGUGAUGCUGAGAGAGCUGAACAACAAUCUGAAACAGGAAAUGUGUGGUAUAUCCCUCACCAAGGUGUUUACCACCCUAAAAAGCCAAACAAAAUUAGGGUAGUGUUCGACUGUUCAGCCAAGUAUGAUGGCACUGCACUAAAUGAUCAUCUGCUCGUUGGACCAGAUCUUACAAAUGGACUGACUGGAGUGCUCUGCAGGUUUCGCAAAUACCCUAUAGCAGUCAUCUGUGAUGUGGAGAAGAUGUUCCACAGGUUCCAUGUAAGCCAGGAGGACAGAGAUUAUUUACGUUUCUUGUGGUGGGAGAACGGGGAUACGAAUUCUGAGCCAAAGGAAUAUCGUAUGAAAGUCCAUCUAUUUGGAGCGGCAUCCUCACCUGGCUGCGCAAAUUAUGGAAUGAAGCAUCUUGCAAACCAAAAUGAGAAAGACUAUCCUGCAGCAGCCAACUUCAUAAGGAAAAAUUUCUAUGUUGACGAUGGCCUCGUCAGUGUUGAAGAUGUGGACACUGCCAUAAACCUAGUGAGAGAAGCACAAACUGUGUGUGCCAAAGGAAGACUGCAUCUUCAUAAAUUCAUCUCCAAUAACAGAGAAGUUUUGGAGUCAAUACCUGACAAUGAACGAGCAACUGAAAUGCAUGACGUGGAUCUCAGGCAUGAUGACCUUCCAGUCCAAACUGUGUUAGGAGUGAAGUGGAGUGCAAAUAGUGACACCUUCUCAUUUAAAGUUAUUUUGGAUGAGAAACCAGCAACGAGGCGGGGAAUUCUCUCAACUAUAGCUUCUGUGUUUGACCCACUGGGCUUUCUAGCUCCUUUCCUCCUCCUGGGAAAGAAAAUACUACAGGACAUGUGCCGAAAGGGCAUUGAAUGGGAUGAACCACUGCCAGAAGAAUUAAAGCCACGAUGGGAAAGCUGGCUAAAUGAUCUAAAGAAUCUGCAGGGUCUUCAGAUUCCAAGAUGCAUCACAUCUGGAAAAAUGGAAACGACCCAGAGAAUUGAACUUCAUCAUUUUUCCGAUGCGAGUAGUCAAGGGUAUGGUCAGUGCUCAUACAUACGAUUGCUGAGUGAAGACAAAGUACACUGCUCUUUAGUCAUUGGGAAAGCAAGGGUUGCACCCACUAAAGUUGUGACAAUACCCAGGCUUGAGUUAUCAGCUGCAGUAGUUUCUUCAGCAGUCAGCAGUAUGUUAAGGGAAGAGCUAGAACUCAAAAUCGACCAAGAAUAUUUUUGGACAGACUCAAAAGUAGUCUUGGGCUAUAUCAAUAAUGAAGCUAGAAGGUUCCACGUUUUUGUAGCCAAUAGAGUUCAAAGAAUCAGAGAAACAUCAGACCCCGCACAGUGGUACUACGUUGAUAGUGACAGUAAUCCAGCAGACCAUGCCUCCAGAGGCCUCAGUGUGUCAGAGUUGAUCAGUUCAAAUUGGUUUACUGGACCCAAGUUUUUGUGGGAAAGAGAGAUUGUCACGUCGGAGUCAGAUCCAGAGCUCUUGGUGGGUGAUCCUGAAGUAAAAGUGACACAGGUACUACAAACCAAGCUAGAAAAGGAAGAACAAUUUUUGGACAGAUUCAGUCGGUUCUCAAAAUGGCAUACAGCAUUGAAAGUGGUCGCUCGAAUCCAGCAACUAGCUAAAGGAAACAAAUUCCCAAAGCCCAUAAAUGUCGAGGACUUAAAGAAAGCAGGUGUCGCGCUUAUAAAAUUGGCACAAAAGGAUGCAUUCGAAAAAGAAAUGGAAACACUAAGUCAUGGCAAACUUCCAAAUAACAAUCAAUUUUUCCAGCUUGAUCCAGUGCUGCACGAUGGCGUUCUCAGAGUAGGGGGGCGUUUAACCAAAGCUUCCUCACCUUUGGACUUGAAGCAUCCAAUAAUCCUGCCAAAGAAUGGUUCGGUGACACGUCUAAUUUUGGGUCACUGCCAUGAGAAAACUCAACACCAAGGCAGAGGGCAAACCCUUAACGAACUGAGAGCUAACGGUUACUGGAUUGUUGGUGGCAGUAAAGUUGUAGCUAACUACAUUAAGCAGUGCGUUACAUGCAGAAGAGCUCGCAGGCCAACAGAAACACAGAAGAUGGCAGACCUACCUGCUAACCGUGUUGAUCCCUCGCCACCGUUUUCCUACUGUGGCAUGGAUUGUUUCGGGCCAUUUCACACCAAGCAAGGCCGUAAAGAGUACAAGAGAUAUGGCCUCAUAUUCACCUGUCUCUCUUCUAGAGCAAUUCAUGUGGAAAUGCUGGAAGACCUUACUACUGAUGCUUUCAUAAAUGCUCUGCGGAGUUUUAUAGCAAUCCGUGGUGCUGUAAGAGAAAUCCGGUCAGAUCAAGGCACAAAUUUCAUUGGGGCAAAGAAUGAACUGACGAAGGCACUUAACGAGUUGGACAAAGAGAGACUAACUGCAUACUUAGCCCAAAAACAAUGUGACUUUACAUUCAUUGUACCUGAUGCCAGCCACAUGGGGGGUAUUUGGGAAAGGCAGAUCAGAACAAUUAGGAGUGUCUUAAAUUGGGUCCUCUCUCAAAGUGCUGGCAGAUUAGAUGAUGCUUCCUUAAGAACCUUCCUUUAUGAAGCCAUGUCUAUCAUAAAUUGCCGUCCACUCACCACUGAUACCAUUAAUGACCCAAAGAGCCUAGAGCCUCUUACCCCAAACCACUUGCUCACCAUGAAAGCUUCUGUACCGCUGCCACCACCAGGAAAAUUUGAAGCAGAAGACCUUUAUUCCAAAAAAAGGUGGCGUAGAGUCCAGUACUUGACAGAGCAAUUCUGGGGUAGAUGGAAAAGGGAGUACUUGGCAAACAUAGCACUCAGACAGCGCUGGCAUUCCGCAAAACGAAAUGUAAAAAUCGGAGAUGUUGUCAUUCUCCAAGAGGACGCACUUCCACGCAAUGGCUGGAGACUAGGAAGAGUGCUUGAUGUUCGUACAGAUGAAGAUGGAUUGGUGCGAAAGGUCACAAUUCAAUUAGGCGAUAGAAAGGCGAGUAAAGAGGGCAAAAGCAAAAACAAUAAUUUUUCUAUUCUUGAACGUCCAAUUCAUAAAUUGGUUGUGCUUGUAGAAAACAACUAAAUUUGUGUGGUAAUCUCUAAAUGCAAUAAUGCAUGGAAUUUGAAGUACUCAUUUAACAUGAACAUGGAUAAGUAAAAACACAAUUUGUUCUGAUGUUUGAUUUUGAAAAUUACUGGAUUUAUUCAAACAUUUAUUGAAGUUCAUCAUAAAUCAUAGUAAUUUGAUGGGAGUGUAAAUGUCCGAUGACAUAUUGUAAUGCUUAUUGAUAUGAUUUGUAAAGUUCAUUGAGGUUUUUUGAAACAUGGUUAAAAUACAAUGUUUAGAGAAAAUUGUUGAUUAUAAAUUGUUUAUAUUGUGUUUAAAAAUGAAAAGCUUUUCUGUAUGUAAUGUUCCUUUAAUAAUGCGUAAUGCGUCACAUGACUAAGAGAGGGAGUGAAGAACUGUGGGUCAGAGAGCAAUGGAUGCGAACAGGUCGUAACACGUGCGGCUCCUUCAAAAUGUAUAAUCUCUGCAUAUGGUCCUAAAGGCGCACACGGUAUUUGUUUAUAUUUGUUGCAUGUUAUAAUUUUUAUGUUUGAGUUUAUGUGCUUUAAUGUGUGUAAUGUAACGUGGUCUGUAUUGUAACAAUGAGGCAAGUUGGACUAUUUGUUAUGGGAUUCUGUUGUAAAAGAGGUGUGUUUAAGUUGUAUAUGUCUUUUAUUUGUAGUUUUCACGGUGUCUUUCUUAGACCGUGACAUCUUCGGAUCGACACAGGAAAGAGAGAGCAAAAUAAAAGUCUAAAAGACA